GUGGUUAGUCCUAUUCCGUGAUUUCCGUGCUCCUUGAUCGUUUUGCAUUCGUUGUUGUGUUUAUUUACAUUUUUCGUGAAAAAAUUAUCAGUAUCGUGAAGUCAACAUAUUAUACUAUCAAAAAUGAUGCCUGGAAGAAUUGGAAUUGCCUCGGAAAACCCACUAGGGCUUUCGUGGCACGACUCGGCACUAAUACCUUUGUUGAACCCUAACAAUAUUAUGGACUAUUUCUCAGAAAGAUCUAAUCCUUUCUUUGAUCGAACUUGUAAUAAUGAAGUCGUUAAAAUGCAGCGUUUAAGCAUGGAUCAACUGAAGAUGAUGACAGGUGUGGAAUAUGCACUUAUACAUGUGCAAGAUCCCAUUCUUUAUGUGAUCCGUAAGCAACACAGGCAAAGUCAAACCAAUGCAAUCCCACUUGCCGACUACUACAUUAUAGCUGGUAUUGUGUACCAAGCUCCAGAUCUGGCUAGUGUACUCAACUCAAGAUUGCUAUCAGCAGUCCACCAUCUACAAUGUUCCUUUGAAGAGACUAUGUCUUACUCCAGAUAUCAUCCCAGCAAGGGAUAUUGGUGGGAUUUCAAAGCAAACAAACCUGGUCUAAGCCCAUUCAGUUCUGCCGGCCAAUCAGCUCCUAAAGAGGUGUCAACUACUCCCAAGGAAGAGCCAUCCACACUGUUCCAGCGACAAAGAGUGGACAUGCUGCUGGCAGAACUGGUCCGGCAGUUUCCUCUGCCUACCUUACAAACUACCAAUCAGGCUAAUGGAGUCACAGUUAAAACAGAAAAUGCAACAGAAAAGAAUGAGAAGACAGCUGAUGGCAAUGUGUCCAACGUGACCAUCAAGCAGGAGCCAGUGGACCCCGGCACCAGCGAGAUGACCAAUGGCAACGCUCAAGGACAUGCCGAAAUCAAAACUGAAAUCAAGCAAGAGAACAUGAAACCUCCACCUGAAAAGAAACCUAGAUCUAUGUAAAAUAAUUAUUAUUUAUUGUAUUUAAAUGAAACUCAUGAAAUUAU